CAUCGUCAGGCCAUCUCGUCUUCGAAGCUAGAUGACGUCACGCUCAGAAGCUCUUCUCCAAGUGCCACCUAGUCUCACCAACUAUGACCAAUCUGGAGCUCACCCAUCAACCAGAUCGUCCGUCUUUACGUCUUUAAAUCAUGACGACGUCACUGCUCAUCUCGUCACCGGUCUUCCUACCAUUAUGACGGCAAUGGCAUGUGACCCUUUGAACCUGGAGAGAUUAAUAAAGCGACCUUCUUCCCCUUCGAAUAUCAAGUGGAACUAUUAGCAUCGCAAUCCGCAGAACUUUCACCUAGGUCUUUUAGACGUUUUCGAAUAUAACCUCAGCCAUCAAAAUGACGACUCUCAACUAUUUGCCCUCCGUGAAGCCGUCCGCGAUCGCAGUGGGAGCUAUUUUCACCCACACUGCCUCACUUGGUAUCCUGGCUCCCGUGUUUGGUGAUACCUACCAUCGAGCCCAAGCCGCCAACUCAAAGGAAGAGUUCUUCAAGUCCAGAGAAACUGCCGGUGCUGCGGCGGCCUGGGGUAGUUCUUUAGUUGGAAGUGCUGUACAGACCUACGGCGUGGCGGCAUUGAUCAAUGCAACCGGGACCCUAAGCUAUAAGGGUGCGGCCUAUCUGGGAAGCUUGGUCUUCAUGGCCAGUGCAGCUCCAAGUUUCAUCAGCCAGAUCUUCACAGAGAGGCGGCCCAUCGACACAGUUGCUGUGGGCGCCGUUAGCAGGGUCUUCGAAACAGUCGGACUCAGCCUGUUCCUUACUUGGUGGGGUACGCGUACCAAUCCUUUCGCUUGAGUGAUUUAAAUGUGAAAGAGGCUCUUUUGUGAUAUGUAGUUGAUACUUGGCAAUCGAAUUCAUGAUUUAUGCUUGUCCGACUAAUUAAUGAUGUUGUUUGAGCCUUAUGGAGCUUCUCAAGUCCUCGCAGCUUCUUAAAGACGGCUUUGCCAAAUAUAGUAAAUGUAUUGCUUAGGUGAUGGAAUAGCUGGCCUGAGAGAAGAGAACCCAGGUAGACAGGGUUCACAAUGCUUUUAUCUUCCCACCAGAUUUGCAAUUGUAAGUUAUAUUACCGUCAGAUAUUGAAAACACAUUCAAAGCACUAAGAACAAUUGACAUCCAAAGCCAUCUUCAAGAAGAUUAUUCCACUCAUAUCAAUCCUGAAUAACGACCGACCUUGACUGACUGGGGCACAUUGAGUAGUAGGUAAGUAGAUCGUAUGACAAUGUUCAAUAUAUGUUUUGAGCAAUGA